AUGUCAUCUUCAAGAUUCGUCUUUUUUAUUUAUCUCAUAAUUUUUAUUUGUCUUCUCAAAACGGCUGUCGGAACUAAUGCUGUUUACUUUGGUUGCUCCGACUCUUACGGAGCUGAUGCUAAUGUUAUUUCCUUUGGUUGUUCUAACUAUAGGAAUGCAUCUUCCUAUAAAUUCUUAGACAAUUUAAAUCAGCUGAUCAUGCACCUCUCUACUCAUGCUCCUCCGACACGGUUUGCCCUCGGUGCCUUCGGUGAAACACCAGACAGAGUCUACGGUCUUGCACUUUGCAGACGCGAUUUCUCUGAGGACGAUUGUAAAACAUGUAUUCUUAAAACAGGUUGUUUCAUACGGAAGCGCUGCCCGGACUACGGCGCUGCAAUCAUCCGGUAUAAUAAUUGUCUUCUAAGAUUUUCGAACGCACCAUUCCGCGGUCGGAUCGAUAAUUUACAUGAGAUUUAUGAAUCGAACUCGGAUAAGGUGAGUGAAUCUGAUUCAUUCAAUGAGAAGACCAAGGGGCUGCCGAGCCAUUGUUGGCAGUUUUAA